AAACUGAAGAGAAAGAGAUUGAAGUAUUAACCAAACUAAAAGAAACAGUUGACAAACAAAGAGAAGAAUUGAGGAAGUUAAAGACAGAUGCUAAACACAGAAUGUCUGAUUGUGAGGCUCUUCAGAGCCAACUGGAUCAGAUUGUGAAGGUCAAUGCUGACCUGAGGAGGAGUAACAGUAUACAGAAGAAGCAGGCCCACACCUUACUGGAGGAGAAAAGUGACCUGGAGGCACAGCUGGCCGACAAGGAGCAACAGAUCACCAAAAUCACUCAGAUGAUUCAAGAACAGGAACAAAUUCAAACACAGCAAUCAACUGCCAAACCUCCUCACCCCUCCCUAGAAGUA